AUGGGGCCUCCCUAUCAGAAGAUGACUGCCGUCCUCGGCGAGGUGCCUACGCCUCAUGUGGAUGUUCCCAUCGACGCCGUGUUCAUUGGGCUCUUUGUUGUGGGUGCAGCGUCCCAUAUGACUCUUUUCCGACUGAACUUGCGACGCGGUCAUAAAUUCAUCCCUUCUGCAGCUACCUUUGGCUUCUGCAUGACCCGCAUCACGGCGAACGCGCUGCGCAUCGCAUGGGCGUAUCACCCGUCGAAUGUGCCCCUCAGCAUUGCAGCGCAAAUAUUCGUGGCGGCCGGGGUAGUGAUCCUCUUCAUCCUCAACUUGCUCUACGCACAGCGGAUACUACGCGCACUCCAUCCGACGGUGGGCUGGUCCAGGUUUCUCUCCACCACCAUGAAGCUGACAUACCUAUUGAUAAUCCUGACCUUGGUUGCCGUCAUCACCGCGACCGUCCAGAGCUUCUAUACCCUCAACCGCCAUACGGGGCGUAUUGAUCUAGACCUCCUCCGAUACGGGACUACCUACUUUGCCUUUGUCGCAACACUGCCCCUGUUCAUCAUGGCUUACGUGGGCCCCCGAUCACGCCACCCACACGAAAAGAUGCAGCCGUUUGGCCGCGGUGGAAUCGCCGCCAAGAUGGGGAUCGUUACGGCUGCCGCGAUGCUCCUCUCGUUAGGGGCCUGGUUCCGGGCAGCCACUAUCUAUCUGGCUCCGCACUCGGUGGCGUCACCUGCCUGGUACCAGACAAGACCAUGCUUCUAUGUGUUUAACUUCACCGUUGAGAUUAUCGUGGUCUAUAUCUUCCUUCUCACUCGGGUGGACCGUCGCUUCCACGUGCCCGAUGGUAGUUCCAAGCUUCGCCAAUACACGGUCAAUGCUUAG